AUGGACAUGAACUUCGCCGUCCGUCAACUUCAGGAGAAGUGCCAGGAGAUGCGAACCCAUCUGUACUCUACCUUCGUGGAUCUGACUAAAGCCGUCGACACGGUUAGUCGUGAAGGACUGCGGAAAAUCAUGCAGAAAUUCGGCAGUCCCGAGCGAUUAACUCAGAUGGUGCGUCAGCUCCAUGAUGACAUGAUGGCGCGAGUCAUGGACAACGGAGCUGUCUCAGAGGCCAACGGAGUGAAGCAGGGAUGCGUGCUGGCGCCUACCCUCUUCAGUCUCAUUUUCUCUGCCAUGCUGAUGGACGCCUACCGGACCGACGGCCACCUCCUCCAUCAACGGCGGAUGCAUUUCCAGUCGCGCGUAUCCACAACCACCGCUCACGAACUUCUCUUUGCAGAUGACUGCGCCCUGAACACCACCUUGGAAGGGAACAUGCAAAGGAGCAUGGAUCUCUUCUGCACCGCCUGCGAGAAUUUCGAUGUGAUUAGUAACACGGAGAGGAUGGUGGUCAUGCACCAACCGCACCCAACACAGCCAUAAAUGCGCCGCAAAUCAGCGUGAACGGAACCCAACUGCAAGUGGUGAACAACUUCACGUAUCUGGGCAGUACCCUCUCCCGCAGAACCCAAAUCGACGACGAAGUGACCCGCCGCAUUUUCAGGGCCAGCCAAGCCUUUUAUCGUCUUUAGCACACAGUUUAGAAUCGUCACGAUCUUUAGCUCAGCACAAAACUGGAAAAGUAUAAGGCGGUCAUCUUCCCGACGUUGCUGUACGGAGCAGAGAAUUGGACGAUGUAUGUACAUGAAGUAGGCUCAAUCACUCCCACCUCAGCUGCCUUCGACGAAUACUGAAACUUAGGUGACAGGAACGGGUGCCCGACACUGACGUACUGGAGCGGACUGGAAUCCUCAGCAUCUACGCCAUGCUGAGACAAAUUCAACUGCGUUGGAGCAGCCUUCUCGUGCGAAUGAACCACGGGCGGCUACCUUAAGGACUCUUACAUGGAGAUGUUGCCACGGGUCCCCGUCGCCAAUGAGGCCAAAUCCGUCGAUACAAGGGCAUUUCGAAGACCUCCCUGAAGCGUCUGCAGAUCAACCCGGCCAACUGGGAAGACCUCGCUCAAGAUCGACCGACCUGGAGGAGGUCAGUGAAGACAGGCGCUGCAAUCUACGAAGCCAACCGCAUCGCUGCCGCGAAAGCCAAACGUGAGGCACGCAAAUCUUAUCUCUGCACACCUCGCAAUGCGAAAGCACAACCGCCUCCUACGUGUCCGCAGUAUCAGCGGACAUUCCGGGCGCCAAUUUGACUUAUUGGACACCUUCAGACCAACUGCAGCACUCCGACUGCAUCAACCGCCGUCUCUCCAUCCACUUCUUCCUUGCCUUCUACGCCAGCAGCUAAUUCUGGCCAUCCUCCCGAACAACAAUUUCCAUCCUCCUCCUCCUUCUGCUCCUCUUCCUCUUCCUCCUCCUCCUCCUCCUCCUCCUCCUCAUCAUCAUCAUCAUCAUCAUCAUCAAAUACCUCAACGUCUGCCGUUGUGGCGUCUGCCAUGCACAUCAGCACUACUCACAAUCCUGACGCAGCAACAAACACCAAUACCGCCAUCGACGACACCAGCGGUGGGGACCUAGAUUAUACUUGUCAUCAAGGCGAUCGCACCUUCACCUCGCACAUCGGCCUGGUCGUUCACUUGCGAAUCCAUCGCACAGAGACUGGGAAACCAGUGCCUCGAGCACCGACCUACACCCACCGCAUUUGCCUCCAAUGUCCACAUUGCCCUCGCACAUUCAUGCAUCCCAUGGGCCUAUUCGGCCGCAUGCGUAUCCACGAGAGCGGAAAUGACCGUAGUCCCGACACACCCAGCACAUCCAGCACACCCACCAUACCUAGCCCCUCCCUAACCCUGUCGCCUUGUGCGUCCACCGCCACCAGCUCCAUCACACCCAGUGCACACUGCACACCCAUCACGUUCAGCCCCACCCACACCCUCUCGUUCAGUGCAUCUACCACCACCAUCUGCGAAACUGACACUGACGCCACCAACUUCUCGUGUCCACACUGUCCCCGCUCAUUCACCUCACGCAUAGUCCUGGUCGGUCACCUUCGAAUCCAUUGCACAGAGACUGGAGAACCAGUGCCUGAAGCACCCACUCAUACAUGCCGCAUUCGCCUCCACUGUCCACGCUUCCAUCGCACAUUCAUGCGUCGCAUGGGCCUACUCGGCCAAAUGCGUAACCACGAGAGCGGAAUUGACCGCAGUCCCGACACACCCACCACAUCCAGCACACCCGCCAUGAUUAGCCCCGCGCUCACUCCGUCGCCCUCUGUGCCCACCAUCAUCACCACCACCACCACCACCAUAUUCGUAACUGACACCGACACCACCGACUUCUCAUGCCCACACUGUCCCCGCUCAUUCAUCUCACGCAUCGUCCUGAUCGGUCACCUGCGAAUCCAUUCACAGAGACUGGAGAACCAGUGCAUAAAGCACUCACCUAUACCCGUCGCAUCCGCCUCCACUGUCCGCAGUGCCCUCGCACAUUCGUGCAUCGCAUGGGCUUAUUCGGUCGCACGCGCAUUCACGAAAAACUGCGGUAGACAACCACCGGUUGCAUCACACCAUCACAUCCUCCCUCACCACCAUCUCCUCGCAUAUAAACAUCCCACACCACAAGAAUCCAGUUGUCACCUCCGGCACUAG